GCAGAAGAAGAAGAAGAAGAAGGCGCACACGUGUUUCCGCUGUGUAGAGAAACAACAUUCACGGUUUGCUGCACUUCUCCCUGCUAGCCAAGUCUGUCGCCACAGUUAAUGACUUUUAUAAACCUCCGUGUGUCGAUUAAAUGAUGGAAACGACUGUCGCAUCCGGUCCAGCGGAAAAUGCAGAUGUGUUCCUGCCGCUGUCCUCGUUGCGCCUGCUGAUCCCUCCGCUGCGGCUGGUUUCCGCGGCGAUGUGGCAGGUGGCCCAGCGCCGAGACGUGGUGGACUACGAGAAGCUGGAUGAGUUUGUGAUGCUGGUGACGGCGAUGGUGCCCGACCUGCUCAACGCCAAGCAGAGAGCCAAACUGCUGCUCCGUUUGAGAGCGAAAAUUAUUCUUGAGCUGUGCGGUGCCGAGCACACGGCCAACAUGAUGUGCAUACAGCCUCACCUCGAGCGAAUCCGCCCGCCAGGAUACACAGGGAGCGGGGAUGCGGAGGUGGACGCGGAGGAGGCUAUUUUCCUGGAGCUCGUCCAGACGCUGCUCAAAGACCCAGCAGAGCGGGAGCACUUCUACCAGGAGGUUUUUCCCACAGAAUACGGCCUCAGCUACGACACAGACAUGCAGCUCCUCAUUUGGGAGUUCCUGUCCAAACUGGAGAAACUCUUGCCAGUUCCAGACCUCGGUCAGAUCGUGGCGUGGCUCAGCUCUGCCCCCUCUGUACUGGAGGACUGUUUGCAGGUGCUGACCAAUCCCGAUGACCUGAAGUCUCUCCUGCAGCACCACAAAUGCCUAGGCGACCUCGGCAGACAAGGCACCACAGUGGAGAUGUCCUCCCAGGUCUUUGCCUGCUCUCAGUGUCCGUUCUUUCACAUGCAGGAGUCCUUCCUGCUGCAGCACAUCGAGCGCAGUCACCCUGAGGAGUACAGCAAGCUGCAGAAAGCUGCAGAAGCUACUGAAGCCCCCAAGAAGAAGGUCCAGCGCCCGGAGUUCCCCAAGCCUUUCCCCAUCCACAACAGGCCAGACCCUCACAUGUGCCAAGAGUGCGGAAAGACUUUCACACGUGCCUCCGAUGUGACCCGUCACCUGCGCAUCCACACUGGCGAGCGCCCGUACACCUGCCCGGAGUGCGACAAGGGCUUCAAGAACUCCUGGGACCUGACCAGACACCAGCGCAUUCACACAGGGGAGCGUCCCUUCCUCUGCCCCCAGUGUGGCAAAGGUUUCACCCAGAUGGGCCUGCUGAAGCUGCAUUUCGAACGAACCGCCUGCAGCCAGACUUGUGACCCCCCUCUGGAAACCACGACAGAGGAGGUGGUGGCCGAGGAGACCGAGGAGAAGGCGGGCGGUCAGUACAAGUGCCAGAAAUGCGACGUGAGCUUCGACACCAUCCUGGAGCGGCUGAGGCACCGGCAGAGCCACGUGGUGAGACGUCAGUACAAGUGCUCCCUGUGUGAGAAGAUCUACGGCCGGGCCUCAGACCUGAAGCGGCACCAGAUGAAGCACACGGGCGAGCGACCGUUCUCCUGCGAGUGCGGCAAAAGCUUCACACACGUGUGGCUGCUGAACAAACACCGGCAGAUCCACACCAAGGAGCGGCCGUACCCGUGCACAGAGUGUGGAAAAAGCUUCACGCAGCUCCAGAUCCUCAACAGACACCUGCUGACCCACAACGGCCAGCGGCCGUUCCAGUGCUCCUACUGCGAGAAGAGCUUCACCCAGCUAGCAGGCCUGACCCGCCACGAAAGGAUCCACACGGGCGAGCGGCCGUACCUCUGCACCGCCUGCGAGAAGACGUUCCUCACACACGGAGAGCUGGUGCGGCACCAGCGCAGCCACAGCAACCUGCGGCCGUACCCCUGCCCGCUGUGCACCAAGAGCUUCAAAACCAAACGCGCCCAGGGCGAGCACCUCAACACCCACACAGGAGAGCGCCCGUUUGCUUGCACUCGCUGCGGGAAGAGGUUCGCCAAGUCGACGUCUCUCGUCCGGCACAACCUGACUCACACGGGCGAGCGGCCACACCAGUGCGCUCAGUGCGGGAAAACCUUCCUCACGUCCGGCGAGCUCCUCCUGCACAGGCGCAUCCACACGGGCGAGAGGCCUUACCCCUGCUCCUACUGCGACAGGAGGUUCAGGUGCUCGUCUGACCUCAACAUGCACGUACGAACUCACACCGGCGAGAAACCGUACAGCUGCGUGUUCUGCAAGAAGAGCUUCUCCACGUCCACGCGGCUCAAGCGACACCUGCGCACACACCUAGAGAAGAACAUCAUGGUGUCGUAGCUGUCAGUCUCUCAGUGGUGUAAAGUAACAAAGUUACUGCACUAAAGUAUUUUUUAAAGGAAUUUGUACUUUACUCAAGUGCUUAUGUCUCUGUUUACUCUCACUAUUACCUCACCACAUUUUGAAAAUAAAAUACACACUUUUACUCCA